GUUUGGGACCUUUUUUUUUUUUUUUUUUUGAAACUCAGAUUAAAUUAAAAGCUAAAGGGUUUAGUUGGGAGACAUAAAGGCUCCAUCACCAACCGAGUUUUCAACAACAUUCAAAGCAAACUUGGCUAGACUAUCAGCCUGAACAUUUCUCUCACGAGGAAUCCAGACACAACCAAAAGAAACAAAGAUAGCAGAAAAAGAUAAGAUAUCGGAGACCACUCCAUAGAGCUCCGGGUUACACGCUUUUGCAUUCACCGCCUUUACGAGUUGGGUUGAAUCGGAUUCAAAGACCACAGACGUUAACCCCUCUCUAGCUCCUGUCUGAAUCGCUUCCAGCAUUGCCAGUCCUUCCGCCAGCAGCGGUGAAGCAGCGCAGGCAACCUGUUUAUGAAACUCACGAUGUCCAGAGGCAGAGAUUAUUACCCAUCCCAAACCCGUCGCCGUUCUUGUAGGUGACCACGCCGCAUCCGUUCUGAUAACAGUAGUUCCCGGUGAUACUUGUCGCAGUGAUGGUUGUCGAGAAUCUCGCAACUGGGGUUCCUUCCCCUGGCUAAUCUCCCAUUCUCUGGCCAUAGACAAAGCUGAGGAGAGAAUAUCCUCAGAUGAACCCGAGAAGUUUUCAAAAACCAGUUUGUUACGUGCCUUCCAGAUGCUCCAGAGGAUCCAGGGAGCUAGGCUUUUUGACGUAAUCCCAGAGGGGGGAAGGCACUGAACAGAAGAAAUCGAGUUCCAUAUCUCAACUAAAUCUAUCAUUCCGCUAAAAUCCAGGUCCCUGUCGACAGGAGUGAGGCUCCAAAUCUUUGUAGAAAAUGGGCAUUGGGCAAAAAGAUGAAUGAUAGAUUCAGACUCUCCACAUCUCUUGCAACGUGCAUCCACCGGUAUAUGUCUAUCAGUGAGGCGCUCGCCGACUGGGAGUGCACCUUUCAAGAGUUUCCACACAAACGUUUUGAGUUUUGGCGCGCAAUUCAGCUCCCAAACGUUUUUCUUCCAAUUGAAAGGUCAAGAAGACUACAACAGGUUACGACCUCUGAGUUACCGUGGCGCUGAUGUUUUCAUUCUUGCUUUUUCCCUCAUCAGCAAAGCUAGCUAUGAGAAUAUCGCCAAAAAGUGGAUUCCUGAGCUGAGGCAUUAUGCUCCUGGUGUUCCCAUUAUCCUCGUUGGAACAAAACUUGACCUUCGAGAUGAUAAGCAAUUCUUCAUUGAUCAUCCUGGUGCAGUACCCAUUACUACAAACCAGGGAGAGGAGCUGAAGAAACUGAUUGGGUCUGCGGUCUACAUUGAAUGUAGUUCAAAGACACAGCAGAAUGUGAAGGCAGUGUUUGAUGCAGCCAUCAAAGUGGUGCUUCAGCCACCAAAGCAGAGGAAGAAGAAAAAGAACAAGAACCGCUGCGCCUUCUUGUGAUUUUUUUUUUUAAAAAUCUCUAAAAGACUAGGUAACCAACUUAAAAGAAGAAGAAGAAUGAUGAUUUUCAACUAUUUGAUUCGUCCCCAUUUUAUUAAGUGACAAUUCCGACAAUGAGAAGGGAGAACAUUUCGAGUAGCUUUUUGUAUAGUUUUGCUUAAAACAAGCUGUGUUGUUGUUGUUGUGUCUUUUGCUCUUUCGUUUGAGUUAACAGUGUGUUGUACUCUUUGCUAUGUAGUCUAAUCUCUCUUCUAUUUCAUUCUCGAUGGGGAUCAUUAUGUAUUGACAUCUGAAUCUAAUUAAUAUUGCAACUUUUGUUAAA